CCUAUUUUCUCUCUCUUCCGGAGCUUCAGACCCCAUAAACUCUUCACUCUCUUUCUUCUCUCUCUCUAUUUCUUGCUUUUAUCUCUCUCUCUGUGUAUGUAUGGUUGUAUUAUACAUGUAUGUAUAGCUUUAUAGCCUGAGCCCUAUAUCUGUAGGUGCCAAUCAACGCGUGGCUUGUUUAAAGCCUCUGAUCUAACUCUGAGCACGGAUAGCGCCAGAUUCAGCAAAAUGUUGUUUGGCCGGGGGGGUUAUUUCAGCUGUAUGGAAGUAAUCAUUGGAUUGGUGCCUGAUACCUAAAUGCCUCACUGAAGUUCAUUGAGAUGAUUAUGUUUCAUUUUGUUUGACCUCUCUAGGAGAUUGUUGGAGUAUGAGGUGAUUUUAGAUAUCGGCAUGAAGGAGCUAUUGAAAGUCAGCCCUUCAAAUAUUCAAAUUGUUCUCUGUUGACUAUAGUUAUGUCACUGAUUGUGUUAUAAGUGUUGAAUUCUAAAUAUAUGGGUACAAAUUCUAGCCCACAGGAUUUGCUUUAUCUCAAUCUCUCAAAUGCAACUGUUCAUAAGAAUUUCCAAAUACUGUGAGGGUUUCACAAUCCUGUUUUCCUUGGCUACACCCAGAUAUGAACUAUAAUAGCUGUUGCUAAUGCUACAGAAGGAUCCUUGUCUGAGGUGGGAUCUAUUAUAAAUCUGAGUUUGCUACUUCUGGCAAUGUAAUUAUAGCUAGUUAGUUUUGCACAGUUUUCACUCUUCUGGAUAGUCAACUAAAAUCUUUAAGGAAGAUUGGUCUCUAUUGGUGGAAUUUUUGAAAAAUGGAAUCUGAGGCAUUAACUGGUGAUCAUCAGACAAGCACAUAUCAGCGAUUUCUUUCUGCCGUUGUACCUGUGCUAUUUAUUACAAUUGGCUAUGUAGACCCAGGGAAAUGGGCUGCAGUUGUUGAGGGAGGAGGUCGCUUUGGGUUUGAUUUGACAAUGGUCUUACUGCUGUUCAAUUUAGGUGCUAUUCUAUGCCAAUACUUGUCAGCUCGUAUAGCAGUGGUCACUGGUAGAGAUCUGGCCCAGAUUUGCAGCGAGGAGUAUGACAAAAUAACUUGCAUAUUUCUUGGACUUCAAGCUGAGAUUUCUAUUGUAGCAUUGGAGCUUACAAUGGUUUUGGGAACUGCACAUGGACUAAAUGUCAUAUUUGGAAUUGAUUUAUUUAGUUGUGUCUUUCUGACAGCAACUAAUGCUGUUCUGUUUCCACUCAUUUCUUCUCUUGUGGAUAAUGGUCGUGCAAAGCUCCUAUGCAUUGGCUGGACGAGCUUCAUACUUCUGGCUUAUGUUCUUGGAGUGCUCAUAAGUCAACCUGAAAAUCCAUUCACCAUUGGCGGAAUGUUGACUAAAUUAAAUGGAGAAAGUGCAUUUGCAUUGAUGAGUCUACUUGGAGCAAGCAUAAUGCCCCACAACUUUUAUCUGCAUUCUUCUAUUGUACAGCAAGACCAGGUAUCAAAAAGAAUUUCCAAGGGAGCACUGUGCCAAGACCACUUUUUUGCCAUUCUAAGUGUCUUCAGUGGCAUUUUCCUGGUGAAUUAUGUGCUACUGAAUUUGGCAGCUAGUGCAUUCUACAGUACCGGUCUUGUUCUGCUUACCUUCCAUGAGGCGCUGUCAUUGCUUGAUCAGGUUUUUGGGAGUUCAAUGACCCCAUUUGUGAUAUUGCUGGUUUUGCUUUCCUCAAAUCAAAUCACUGCAUUAACUUGGGAUCUUGGUAAGCAAGUAGUAGUCCAUGAUUUGUUUGGAAUGGACCUUCCAGGCUGGCUGCAUCAUGUCACCGUCCGAAUUAUUGCAAUUGUGCCAGCCCUGUAUUGUGUUUGGAAUUCUGGAGCUGAAGGCCUUUAUCAACUGCUGAUAUAUACUCAGGUUGGGGUUGCUCUUGUGCUUCCAUCUGCCGUCAUCCCCCUUUUCAGAGUUGCCUCAUCCAGAUCAAUAAUGGGCAUCCACAAAAUUUCUCACAUCUUGGAGCUCUUAGCCCUGGGUACAUUUUUUGCCAUGCUUGGCCUCAAGAUUAUAUUCGUCACCGAGAUGGUAUUUGGAAAUAGUGAUUGGGUGAACAAUUUGAAGUGGAAUACUGGGAGUAGCCCUUAUGCUAUCCUUCUCAUUGCUGCCUCUAGUUCCCUUUGUUUGAUGUUGUGGUUAGCAGCUACUCCACUGAAAUCUGCAAGUUCUAGAUUUGAUCCUCAGGCGUUGCACUGGGACAUUCAUCCUCCUAUGCCCGAGCCAUCUCUAGUCGGGGAUGAACCUGAUGCUAAUGAAUCUAUAUCUAAUUUAGGAAUUCCUAUGCAUAGUCAGGAACCUGCAUUACAAUUUGAUAAAUCCUUUGGCUGUCGUUUAGAUUUACCGACUCCAGAACUUGAUUCAAACCUGCCUGAAUCUCUGUUGAAUUUUGAAAGGGGUCCUCAGCUAACAACCAUUGAUGAGAACAAAUCUGAAAUAACAUUUGCAAGCAAUUCUACUUGCCAUCCACAGGUAACAACACCAACUGAAGAUGCUGAUCCAGUCAGCAAAGCUCAUGACAAAGUUUCAAUUGGUGAACCAACAGAUGCUGAAACCCUGCCUGCUGAACCAUUUGAUGUUGUAGAAAAGACACUUCAAAUUGAAGGUGAUAUUCAGAAUGACAAGGAUGAUGAUAGAGAUUCUUGGGAGCCUGAAGAAGAAGCUACAAAAGAGAUCUCUACAAAUAAUCAAUCUUUGACUUCUGACAGCCCGGGAUCAUUUAAGAGUAUCAGUGGAAAAACCGAUGAUGUAGGGAGUGGCACUGGAAGUUUAUCAAGAUUAGCAGGACUUGGUCGUGCAGCAAGACGGCAGUUAACAACAAUUCUUGAUGAGUUUUGGGGGCAACUUUUUGAUUUUCAUGGGCAGGCCACAUCAGAAGCAAAAUCCAAUAAAUUGGAUGCAUUGUUGGGUGUCGACUCAAAGAUAGAUCCAAAACCUCCUUCUGGAUCUCUGAAAUUGGAUAGCAUUAGGAAGGAUGUAAAUGCAUAUUUAACUAUGGGUGCACCAGGAUCUGAUUCAAUGAUAAAUUCAGAUAUAUACUCUCCCAGGCGAAUCGGACAAACUGGCAGGGAGUCACCUUAUGUAGGUCAGGAGCCAUCUUCAUGGUCUGGUCAAAUGCGAAUGUUAGAUGCAUACAGACAAAGUUCAAACCAUAAUUCUGUUGAGAUUGGUGAGAAGCGCUAUUCGAGUAUGCGCUUUCCAGCUUCAUCUGCAAGCUUUGAUCAACAGCCUGCUACUAUUCAUGGAUAUGAAUUUGCCUCAUACCUAAACCGAAUCACCAAAGAAAGGUGUGGUGAUUAUGUCAAUGGUCAAAUGGAGUCGCCAAUUCCAAAAUCUACAGCACCUAUUACAUCAAACUAUGUGGAGCCAUAUGCUGGUGGUGCUUACAGGCCAAAACCACAGACCAUCUCGAGUACUAGGGCACCUCCAGGUUUUGCAAAUGUGUCUGUAUCCAGAAAUAAUUCAUUGCAGUCUGGACAAAAUCUAAAUGAUCUCUACUCUACUGGUAAUGGUCAGAGUGCAGCCACCACAAAGAAAUUUUACAGCUUACCAGACAUAUCAGGACUCUAUGUACCUCAUCGCAACUCUUCGCUGUCACAGAGGACUGCUCAGUUGGAUAAUUCAAUGGGAUAUGGGCCAUCAGUUGGGCACACAUUAUAUGCCCCAGCACAUUCACGUGCUUCACAGAUGGCUUAUCGCCCUUCAGGAUUUGAUCAACUUUCUCCUUCCAAAGUUUGCAGAGACGCAUUUUCAUUGAAAUUGAAUCCAAAUCCUGGGACUGGUGGGUCCCUAUGGUCUACUCAGCCUUUUGAGCAAUUUGGUGUUGAUAAGAGUGUUAGUGUUGGUACUGAUAGUUUUGGAGCUAUGCAAAGUUCAUCUACACAGGAAACUUUGGAGGCAAAGCUACUUCAAUCCUUUAGAAGUUGUAUAUUGAAGCUUCUGAAGCUCGAAGGUUCUGAUUGGCUGUUUAAGCUGGAUGAUGGAGCUGAUGAGGAUCUAAUAUCUCGUGUUGCUGCAAGGGAAAGAUUUCUGUAUGAUGCUGAAACUAGGGAGGUUAAUAGGUUUUCUAACAUUGUGGAAUCUCAAUCUAACAUGAAACCUGGCUCUGCAGCGAAAAGUGCUGAGGCAGAUUUCACCAAGUUCUUGGUUAUGUCAGUUCCUCAUUGCGGAGAAGGCUGUGUUUGGAGAGUAGAUCUGAUAGUAAGCUUUGGGAUCUGGUGCAUUCACAGGAUUCUCGAACUCUCACUCAUGGAAAGCAGGCCAGAGCUUUGGGGAAAAUACACCUAUGUACUGAAUCGUCUUCAGGGCAUAAUUGAUUUGGGAUUCUUCAAGCCUCAUUCGCCAAUGAUUCCCUGCUUUUGCCUUCAAAUUCCGGUUGGCCAGCAACCACGGUCCAGCAUGCCUAUUUCAAAUGGAAGUUUGCCCCCACCUGCUGCAAAACAGAACCGCGGAAAAUGCACUACAGCAGCAAUGCUCUUAGAAAUGAUCAAAGACGUUGAGAUUGCCAUCUCUUGUCGUAAGGGGAGAACCGGUACUGCAGCUGGUGAUGUGGCUUUUCCGAAAGGAAAAGAAAAUCUGGCCUCAGUACUCAAGCGCUACAAGCGCAGAUUAUCAAAUAAGCCAGUAGCAUCUCAGGAGGGUGGGCCUGGGUCACAGAAAGCACCAUCAUCAACAGCCCUUUAUGCCUUGUAGCAUUUGCCAAGUUCACAGCAGCUGAGUAUACAGAGGAUAGCUAUGUAUUCACUCCUUUUUUCUUGUGUAUCCUGUUCUCAAUUUCAGACUGUGGCUCAGUUGCUAUGAACUCCUCCCCUCUCCUGUGUGUAUUGUGGUAGUUUUUUUGGUCUUGACUCUUUUUCCUUCUGUACGUUUAUCAUGUAUGCAUCACAGGAUCCAAAAACGAAAAAAAAGAAAAAAAGAAAAAAGGGAAAUUUGUCUUGAAUUGUAUAUUGCUGCAGCUGCAAGUGUUAUUGAAUGCUAUUUAACUGCAGUAGUAUGGGGAAAUGAGCAGGAAAGGGUGCCAAAAAGUGUUCACAUUGACUUCUGCUAAUGCUAAAUCUUACAUUUAAAAGGUUCCUUGUCCAGGGAUGAUAUGCAUAGAGUUUCAUAUUCCCCUUACUUCUGCCAUAUUUUGUCCCAUACUCCUUCCUAUGCCCUCCCAUGUUCUGUUUCUGUCCAAGAAAGAGUUCAACCAGGAGGCCGUCUCUGUCUACUCGACCAAGAAGAGAGCAAGCACAAUCGUCUUCUUGAAAGGGGGAAAGAAGAGAUAAUGUUACAAGGAGCAAUGUUGUAAUGAUAUCAUUGCUGCUUAUCCUCCUUGUGUUGAUUGUGGCCAUUGUUUGUUACCUAUUUGGUAGGUCAAGGGGCUGCCGGUGACGCCGUGACGGUCCUCCGCCUGACCGGAACACCGGCAAUCUUUCCGGCUCUGGUCACUGAAACUCUAGUGUGAACCACACCAUGGAAGCAUGAACCUGCUUAGUCUGUUUAACUCUACAUUUUAACUUUUUUAGAUUUUAUGUUAUUUCUGCGUGUGGAUGGAUAAGGAUUGUUGUAAAUAUGGAGUUGUAUAAUAUGGUUCCAACGUGCUUUUAACCAAAUUGAGGAAUUAUUGCAUAUAUACAAUAAAGAGAAUUUAUUCCA